CAGACCCAUCAUCCACAGCAUAGCAAAGCAGGACUAAGGGAAGUUACAGUCUAGCUCAAUCAGUUCCUUACAGUUUUUUUAUUCAGCCUAUCCAACGCAAAAAUGUAUCUCACUCUGGUAUGGGUAUUGAUACUACCAGUAACAGCAUUUGCAUUUCAUAUGGAGCUAAACCCAAAGAGUGCACUUUUGAAAGUUGGUGAUAAGCACAAACUGCGAUGCUCGGUGAAGGAUUGCAAUGAAAAGGUUACUAUCUCCUGGGCUUUGCUGGAGGAUAAGCCAAUGUUUGUUAAAAUAGUAAACUCAGGGUCGGAAUCAGUGGCGAUCUUUGACCCUGUGAUGACAGUACAUGAUGACACACUUCUCUGCAAAGGCAGUUGCGGAGCAUUGACCAAACAACACCGUGCGGUUGUCAAAGUAUACUCAUUUCCACAGUACCCUGUCAUAUUAGGCAUUGACCGACUUCUGUUGGGCCAGACCAACACUCUGACAUGUAAGGUGAUAGGCGCUUAUCCUGUAGAGCAGCUGAGGCUUGAGUGGCUGCGAGGAGACAGCUUGCUCCAGACAGAUGCAGAGUCUGUUGUGUCCACCUACACAUUCACACCCACCCCCGAGGACAAAGAGGCAAGCAUCACAUGCAGAGCCACUCACGAUCAGGCUGGUGUACCUGAUGAUGAGAAGACCAAGGAAACCUCUGUUUCCCUCACAGUGCUUUAUGCGCCACAGAUUACGUCAAUAUCUGAGCUGACUGUUGUGAGAGUUGGCUCCAGUCCCACAUUGUUGUGCCAUGCUGAAGGGAACCCCAGACCAGAGAUACAGUGGACGGCCAUUGGUCCGCAUGGACAGGCUGUCAUAGUGGGGCAGAGCGAGGAGCUUGUCCUUACAGAGAUGACACUGGUGGAUUCUGGUCAAUAUGAUUGUGUGGCAAGCAACACCAUUGGAAACAUCACAGCCAGCGUGAACGUCAUUGUUCAAACUCCCCCAAUGAACACCUCCAUCAAAGUAAGCCCAGCCAGUAAGGUGAAGGAAGGGGAGAAUGUGACGGUGUCCUGCCUGUCAGACGGAGCUCCGGUGGGACGGAUGGUGCUGAGGAGACUGUCUGAGGACCAGGAUGUAGCUCUCCAGUCCAGCAACGGCUCCUCCACCUCCUUCACCCUCUCCUCUGCCCUGCUAGCAGACUCUGCUCUCUACCAGUGUGAGGCCUUUAAUGAGCACGGCAGCCAGAAAGUCAGCACCUUGCUCUCCGUUGAAGCGUAUCCCCUGGAGGUGGAGAUGGAAUCGGGGGUGACGGCUGAGAUGGGAUCAAACCUGGUGCUCUCCUGCCGGGCUUCGGGCUGUCCCCAGCCAGCCUUCUCCUGGAGGAGCAUGCUGGACAUGCCCGUCCACAGCCACGCACACAACCAGGACUCCCUCUCCCAGCUCCACCUGAACCCACUUGGGCUGGCCCACGAGCAAGCCUACACCUGUGAGGCCAAGUGUGGCUCUGUCAUCAAGGCCAAGCAAUCAGAGGUCAAGGUCUUCUCAUUCCCCUCGGACCCUAUCAUCGAGAACCCUGGACCCUUUCUGGAAGACGGGAAGGCCACCUUGUAUUGUUCUGUAGUCGAUGUCUACCCAGCCAGUCACUUGCAGAUCCAAUGGCUCGAUGGGGAAACUGAGCUACACUCCGAGGUGGGUCAGUACUCCAGUGAGCUCCAGAAUGUGACAUCAACGCUAUCUUUUUCGGUGGAACCGGAGGAUCAGGGGAGACGGAUCACCUGCAGAGUCGGUCUUCAGAUGGACGUAGUCCCUCAGAGUCGGAGAGAGAGGCAGGCGGUGACUGUACUGGAGCUCCACUAUGCGCCCAGGGGAACCACCAUCACAGUGAGCCCAGCCAGUGAGGUAAAGGAAGGGGAGAGCGUGACGGUGUCCUGCCUGUCAGACGGGGCUCCGGUGGGAUGGAUGGUGCUGAGGAGACUCUCUGAGGACCAGGAUGUAAAGCUCCAGUCCAGCAACGGCUCCUCCACCUCCUUCACCCUCUCCUCUGCCCUGCUAGCAGACUCUGCUCUCUACCAGUGUGAGGCCUUUAAUGAGCACGGCAGCCAGAGAGCUAGCACAAACAUUACAGUCAGAGCACCUCCUAGGAAUACAACAGUCCUGGUCUAUCCAUCCACUGAGGUUCAGGAGGGCCAAAAUGUCACCGUAUGCUGUCGCUCUGUUAGUUUCCCCCCACCUGGUGGUUUUGAGAAAACUGGACAAUGGCACAAAGCUCUACUCCUCAGAUGGGAACUUCCUGCUGGUGAACCUUACGCCCAACGAUACAGGCCUAUACCAGGUGAAUGUCACCAAUGACCUGGGUUACGAGACUGAGAUCUUCAGCAUCAACGUCAUGGAGAAGCACUACAGUCCUUCAACCGACUGGAACCAGAUACUCAUUCCUGCUGUCUGCGUGGGUAUCAUGGUGACCACCACAGUCCUAGUCCUGGACUACCUGAGGAGAGCCAGGAGGAAGGGCUUCUAUGAGCUGGCCAAGUGUAAGCCCGGCACUGCAUAAACUAGAGGAGUCUAAAACCUGCGGCCCGGGAGCCCGAUUGCGGUCCCCACUUGUGCUACCAACAUGAACAUGUACUGUCCAAAAAUGGUUCCUCAGACUAAAUUACUUUGACGCUCCUGGUGUAAAGACAUACCAAGGGACAGACUCACCUGGAGUGGACUCCUUGCCUGAGAGGGUACAGACGAGAGGCUCGCUCCUUGUCCCGUGUCCAGGUCUUUGGCCGUGUCUAGACUUGACAGUUCAUGCAGCUUUAGUAUUCUGAUCAUAGAGUUCUGAUCAUGGAAUUCCGAACGUGUCAUGGGUCUACACCUACAUUUUAAAUGUGUCUACCGUGUCCACAGUGUGUCCGGAUUCCCUUUUCCCGCGCUAUAUUCAAAUGCCAGUAUGCAUUCUAAAAACGGUGGAAUAGGCAAAAUAUGAUAAUAACACAACAACAACAAGUUUUUCUAAAUAUUAGCUAGCUAGCAUUUAUGAGGCCAGCAAACAUGUUCCUCACACGCUAGGAAUGUAUUUCCUACAACGUUAUAAUGAAAAGGUGCCUCUAGAUCUGAACACAAUCAGACCACAAAGCAAAUUUUGUGCGUCUAGACCCAUCUUUUCAAUGGGAUUUUCGUAUUCUGAUAGCAGAAGUCGCAUGUAAGUGUCAAGUGAAGACACGACCUCAGUCAAGGACAGAGGACUUAUGACCUUCGGAUGUUACUAGAAUAGGGAAAGAAAUAGAGAAGCACCUUUGUGGUUGGAUGUGUGGAUUUCUGGAUAUGUGUGUAUGUGGGAACCAUUGACUUGGUGUGUAUGUUUGUUUUUUACGGUGUAUAUCCGUUGGACCUUAGGUUCCCAUUUCUAUAGAAACCUACUAUAAUUUUCUCCUUCAUAAUUUCUUGGCAGCUUUCAUUAAACCCGUUGAUGUCUAAGUGACAUAACAGUAGGAUGAAUGCAAUAUGUUACAUUUCUUCAAACUAAAUCAUACAAUUUGAAAUUAGCAGUGAUAUGAAGUUGAACUUAAACAAGUUAAUACAAUGUAUUGACAUUGUAUAUACAGUAUGAACUUUGCUAUAUCAGUAUGAUAUGUGUCAGAAACGACACAAUGGUUUCCCAAGGAAAGGAAAAUACAGUGUUGUGGUAAUAUGUAAUACAAUAUGAAAGCAAGACAUAUUUGCCUCAUUGUUUUGUCUUAUAAGACUAUUAUAUAGGUCUCUAAUGUGGGCUAAACUUAUUAGAAGUGUUUGGAUGUGUGGAGAGGUUGCAAUGUGUGUGCUGUAUUUUUGUUCCCCACCAUUUACUUAAUGUUUGUGGGAUAUGAGAGCCGGUUUGGUACGUGUUUUAAAGGAGCUGUUGUUUUUUAAUCAAAGCCUGUAUAUAACUUUAUUUCUUAUGUUUAUGACUGUUCGUAGUCACUUUUGAAAGCGGUGAAAAGUUUUUCCCUAUUUUAUGUGAAUUGUGUUUGAAUUGUAAGUUUGUUUCAUUAUUAAUAAAUAUUUAUUUCCAUAACUAAAAGCUGUUAAUUGAAAUAGGAGCUUUGUGUUUUGGGGUCUCCCGUUGCAGUGGGGAAAGCCAGGGAAAGUGAAGACAAUUAUCGGGGGCUUUUGUGUGAGUCAGCAUGUUCAGCGUGACUCACAAGUCAAAUUUCACUUUCAGUUCCUGGAAGUAGUGCUAUGAGUGUUGGACAUGUUAGAGCAAAACUCCCUUUCCUCAAUUUUGUGAUUGGCUCCACUCUUACAAUCCAAGGGGAGGAUGGAGAAGGGCAAAUAGAUAGGAAACAUUGACAUUCAAGUCAGUAACAGAUUGAUCAAGGUUAUAUACCUUGUGCAUGCUGGUUGUGGAAAAAAGCAUGUUUGACUAUGAACUCAAAUCUGUCUUAACCAAUGUACUGAAUAGACCACAGCUUUCGGGAAAAACUCAACCUCGUUUAAUUAUAGUAUCUAUUCUUUACAGGGAACAUUGAGCUUCUAAAUUACAUAGUGAAAAGCUAAUGAAAAGAGCCCAUUUGGCUUACGCAAUCAGAUUGCAAGUUCAGAGAGUCCUAGGUAUGUGUUCAAUUUCACGCCUUAAAGAUGCACUCUCGAACGUUUGUAUAAUUUCAGCCAGUAGUUUUGAAAGUGGUGCUCACGUGCCAAAAGUGGUCCUCGUUUUUUGUGUACUAUGUCAUCAAAUUGUGUACUACGUCAUCCAUUUCGUCUGAUAUGUUACGUCCUGCAAAUUAUUAUUUAUGUGGUUUUAUUUGCAAUUCGUAUGGUAUGUUAUGAAUCAAAUUUGUACUAUAUGUUAAAAUAAAUGUUUGCUUAAGA